CAGGGGGGGUCACGUGAUGUUUUCGCCGUGGCGCCGCCGUCGUCGCCGCCGUCGAGGAGGAGCCUCCUCUUCUCUGAGGCGAGGCGAGUAGCAGCGAAAGCGGGGCCGGCAGAGGCGGCGGGGAAGGGCCGAGGCUCAGAAGGCUCCCUCCAUGGCGGCCCAGGCCUUGGAGCGCCGCAUUCCCCUCCACUGAGGCCGGCUUCUCCUUCCUUUCCUUAGGCAUUUCCAAUUGAAGAUGGCGAGCGCCCAAGGAAGCCGAGGAAAGGAAGACAACGAUGCCGAAGAGGACUAUUGCAGGGCUGAGGAAAACCCGGAGCUGGACUGCAGCCCCACUGGAACGGCUCCUUCUGCUCCUCAGCCUCUAUCGCUUCCUAUUGCUCCUCCUCCGCCACCGCCGAACCACCACCUGCUGCUGCUCCUGAGGAGAUCCCCCAGCACCUCCCUCUGCCUGGUCCAAGAGGAAGAGGCCAUCUUGACCCCGGCCGGGACGAAGCCCGGUACUGCUACGCAAGCUCCUCCUUCGGGCCAGGUGCCUAUGCCUUGCGGACGGGCCUCUGCCCCCGCUGGAGUCACCUUCGGGGACGACGUCAGGAAAUGCGGCUACCUCCGGAAGCAGAAGCACGGCCACAAGCGCUACUUCGUGCUCCGGGCGGAGAGCCGGCUGGCCCCGGCCAGGUUGGAGUAUUACGACAGCGAGAAGAAGUUUAAGAGUAGCGUGAGAGCGGCGGCGGCAUCGGCGGCGGCGUCCGGAGCCAACGCGGCCCUCUGCUGCCCGCCUCCGAAGCGCGUGAUCCCUCUCUACCAGUGCUUCACCGUGAGCCGAAGGGCGGACGCCAAGCACAAGCACAUCGUCGCGCUCUACACCAAGGACGAGUACUUCGCCAUGGUGGCCGAGAACGAGGCGGAGCAGGACGGGUGGUACCAAGCCAUCAGCGAGCUCAUGAGCCAAAGCAAGCGGGGCUUCUCGGAGCAAGAGGACCAGGCCGAGCCACAGCUGGACGACGAUGAUGAGCAUUACGGCGCCAACCUCAGGCCGGGCGCCGCCUUCAAAGAGGUCUGGCAGGUGAACGUCAAGCCCAAAGGGCUGGGGCAGACGAAGAACUUGACGGGGGUCUACCGGCUGUGCCUCUCCAGCAAAGCCAUCCACCUGGUCAAGCUGAAUACCGAGGUCCCUUCGGUCCACCUGCAGCUGAUGAACAUUAGGCGUUGCGGGCACUCGGAAAACUUCUUCUUCAUUGAGGUGGGCAGGUCCGCCUCCAUCGGCCCGGGCGAGCUCUGGAUGCAAGUGGACGAUUCGGUGGUGGCCCAGAACAUGCACGAGACCUUCCUGGAGACCAUGAAAGCUUUGAAAGCCUUCUCGGAGUUCAGGCCUCGCAGCAAGAGCCAGUCCUCCGGGGGCGGCAGUAGCACCAACCCUAUCUCCUUCAUCACGACCAGGAGGCACCUGGGCAACCUGCCUCCCAGCCAGACCGGCUUGCAGAGGAGAUCCAGAACCGAAAGCAUUACCGGAGGGACCCCUCCUACCACCAAGAGUAGCAGUUCCUACCGCUUCCGAACUUCCAGCGAAGGGGAGGGGACCAUGACCAGACCGUUCAGGUCAGUUACUGGCAGCCUGAUUCAUCUGAACACCGCAAGGAUGAAUUUGGGUCGCCAGGAAGGCAGCGGGCGGUACGUCAGAGCAGCGUUCAGCUCUUCCUAUCACACCAGGUCAGCUUCUCUGCCAGUGUCCCAUUUCCCAUCUACUACCAGCCCCAUCAGUGUUUCUUCAAGUAGCGGCCAUGGAUCGGCUUCGGAUACCCUUGUGAGACCUUCCAGUUCUUCUGUCUGUGGCUCCCCGAGUGAUGGAGGCUUUAUUUCUUCCGACGAAUACGGCUCCAGCCCUGGAGACUUUAGGUACUUUCGUGUGAGAAGUAAUACCCCAGAUUCCUUGGGCAAUACGCCGCCGAUCAGGGAAGAGAAUUGUUUGAGUGAAUACAUGUCUAUGAGCAAGCAGCAAAUGGAUAAUAACAGCUCGAGAGAUGAUUACCGGGAGGCUGAGAAAUGCUUCAGAAAAAGAACUUACUCUUUAACCAAGCCUGUGUGUGCGCUGGCCCAGCAGAGAACAUCCCAAACUGCAGCUUCUUUAGACGAGGAUUCGGUGGGAAACCAUGGGCGCCUGCCUUGUUCUGAAUCGCCAAAAUUCAAAACUAACCCUGAACCCGAGUAUGGGGAAUCUGCCCUUGAAUCUGUAUGUAAUCAAAACAGGAACAAAGCCAGAGAUGAUGGAUACAUGCCAAUGAUGCCAGGAGUUGCAUCCUCCCUUGCAAGCAACAGUGAUUAUCUGCCAAUGACUCCUAAAAGCGUGUCUGUUCCAAAACAGAUAAACAGCUCUUGGUCAUCAACUCAGGCUGACUCCAAGGGGUAUAUGAUGAUGUUUCCCAGGGCAAUCUCUUCUCCCGUACGGAGCCCUUUAACUGGAUUUAAUUCUAAAACCGGCGGUGAAAAAUUGACAAGCAAUGAGUAUAUGGAUAUGUCACCUGGAAGUUCAGGUGCUCCAAAACAACCUGGUGACUCAAAUUAUAUGCAUACCAACGCUGGCUCCAAAACUUUUGGCUCUUACUUCUCUCUCCCACGAAGCUUUAAGACUCUGUCAGGAGAAAACGGUGAACAUGAUGAAUAUGUCCCAAUGUCCUCACCUGGAAAAUUACUGUAUGAUGAGCCUGACAAUGGCAGAAAUAUCAGUAAUGAAGCUUUGGCGAAUGGCCUUUCCAAAACACCUCUCCUAAAAGGGUCUGACGAAGGCCUGGUGCAGAACAGAGUUAUCAGGCCUACAAGGCUUCCCUUAGGUACUAGAGGUAGUAACACCAUACCCAGAAUGUACGACCGUACGAUUCCGCUUGAGCCAUCCAGCCCUGGAGAAUACAUAAAUAUUGACUUUGGUGAAAAAGCAAGUAACACACCGUAUUCUUUAUCUGCGGAGGGAUCUCCAUCCUCUCUUGGUUCCAGCAGUGACCAUAGGCAGUCGCCCCUUUCUGACUAUAUGAGUGUGGACCUUGAUGUUCAGUCCCCCAAAGCUGCUAAAGACCUCUCCAGCUCUUUGACCGAUAUCUCUAUUUAUGCAAGUUCCAGCAUCCCCAGGAACCCACCUGAUGCCGAUUACACGAGGCUCUCCUUUGGCACGGCUUGUGUCAGCACUGCAAGUGGUAGGAUUGAUGACUACACUGAGAUGACCUUCAGCAUGGCAGCAACACCCCCUGGACCAUUUAACACCGAAAGCAAAAAUGGCCUGAAGAUUGAUAGUCCUCCUUCCAUAGUUAACAGACUCUGCAUUGUUGACCAGUAUCCCGGUGGCAGCGACUUCCCUGUUCCCGGCCCUGACCCUCCUGUAGUCCCUAAAGUCAUCCGCGCUGACCCUCAAGGAAGGAGGCGGCAUAGCUCUGAAACCUUUUCCUCGGCUGCCACCGUUACCACUUCCUCCUCUUUCUUUACUGACAGUAGUAAAAGGCACAGCUCUGCCUCCUUUGACAAUGUGUGGCUGAAGCCCGAAGAACACAUUUCAGACAGCCACGAAGGCAAGAUGUCCAGAGAUACUUCGACUGGGUUUCAGAACGGCUUGAACUAUAUAGCUCUAAAUUUACGGGAGAACCCUUUAAACUGUGAGGAGAGCCCUAGUACACCAAACUGCCACCUCCCAAACGGUACUCUGAACCUGGAAAGUGGAGUGUAUGUAAGCAUAGACUUCAGCAGAUCGGACGGUCUGAAGUGUAACUCUGCGAGGAAAGACUGAUGGCAUUGCCAUGGAAACCAUUGUGAGAAGAGCAAGCUUUCCAGCUGGUAUCUCCAUAACUGUGUGGUGCUUUUGGAAGCAGAGCCCAUCUCCAGCCAGCUCUGUCCGCUUCCUCCAGCAGCACAGACAUGGACACGCGUCGUCGGGAAUGAUUUUUCAUUGAGUGAUGGUUGAGUCUACUACACUUGUGCUAAUUUGAAUGAACUUUUGUCAUAGAUGAGUUUUGAUGAUGGAGGUUUCUCUCUCCCUUCCCCCAAGCCCCCCACCAGCAUAUCUGUCUGGAAGUCAAUGUGAAACGCCGGAGGAGAAUUGGUCACUUCCUGUGCUACUUCUACAUUUCCUCGCCUUGUCAGAUGCUGUUUGAAGAAGUCACUUUUGCUGUCUGAGAAUCAGCCUAAUACAGAGUUUGCUUUCCUGGUACUUGAAGUGAUAGCAUAAAUGUUUUAUAAAUGGUUGAGGGGUGGGUUUGUUGUUUUUUUGGCAGUCGUAAACCCAUAUUUGAGGGGAUGGGAACAACAGACGAAGAUCCUAAGCAUGCUUACUUGCAACUCUCCUCGAAACCAGUGGGUCACAUUUUCAGGACUAGAAGCCUGCAGCUAGUAUUUUCAAUGGCAAAUUCUAACACACAUAGCCUUCCCCACCGUCGUCUAAUAAGUAGUCAAUGGGAGAGUCUGUCUUUCCUCUGCCAUCCCACCUCGCUGCAUGUUCUUUCUAGUGUCUGCUCGUCCUCUUGCAUGUACCAUAAGAGAGGCCACUGUUCACCUUCCCCACCUCCUGCUCUGAACAAGGCCAAGAAGGAGGACAAGAUACCACCUUUUUGCCUCGCCUACAUCCCGCCCCACUCCUCAGCAUUUGUGGCCACCUUGACAAAGCAGCCAUUUAUUCUUUGCUCCAUCUGCAGCCACUUUGAAAACAGCCGCUGCUUGAGCAAACUGCAGCUGCUGAAGACCAGUUGGAAUGAUGGGUGGCAGGUGGUGACUUCUCCUCUGUUCUCCUUUUGAGAAAAAGAAGGCAAAGGGAGGCCACCAUUCUGUGCAGUUACAUGCGGGUAAGCAUCCCUGAACACAGUUGAAUUUAAUCCCAAGUAAACAUGCGCAGGAUAGGGCUGUGACCAAGUGUCUGUCCUUCCCUCACACGUUACUCCUCGCUCGCAUUCCCUCCUCCCAGGCUGAUGUGUGCGCAAGUUCAGAUGCGACUUCAGAAAGAAGAGCAUUACGCCAUGUGGGGGAGAGAUGGUAUUUAUCGAGACCUCUCUCGUUCUAUUUUUGCUGCAUUUCACUUUAUGGUACGAGGUUUUUUUUGUUUUUUGUUUUGGAUCCUAUAUAUUUUUUAUAAUCCUACGUCCUCUUAAAUUUAAGAUUGUUGCUGAAAAUAAUCUGGAAUGUAAAGGUAGAAUCGAAGAUCUGGUUGUAUCAUAAUUAUAGUUUGAAAAUUCUCUUUCAUCUCCCUGUAUAUUACUUCCAUUAAUUAUCAAGUUUGGAUAAGCGGGGAAUUGAUUUUUUUGAAAAUAUAUAUACAUACACGUUCAAACGGGGUGAAAAAGGCAGACUCUUCAACUGUAUAUUGCCCUGGCAUUACCAUAUUGAUGUGCUGUAGAGCUUUUAUAGAGAAAUCCCUUGAUCUUAAAAACUUGGGUUAAGAAAAAAAUCCCCUUUAUUUGGAGCCACUUUUCUUUCAAACUUAGAAAAAGCAUAACUGAUAUUCUCUUCUUUUUAUGCCUAUCAUGGGGAAAGGAAAGCCUUUUUUUCUUUAUAAGGGAUAUUGGUGGAAAUUGGAAAUCAUAGUCCAAAGCCAGGUGCCUCGCGUACGUCAUUAAAGAGCAUGACACUAGUGAUUGGUACCGACGCUAGUUGACGGUACACAUAGUAAGUAUAUACUAAUUAAUUAGAAGCACUGAUGACUGAAAGAGUUGAAAGCAGUACACAAAAUCCUCAGGCACCACACAGCUGGUAUUCCUCUACCUUGUAUAUUGUACAAGUAUUGAGUAAGGGUUGCCUCACCUUUCUGACAUCUGACAUUUUCAAAGUCCUAGACCAGUUUGUAUAACAAAUUAGAUCCUGCUGUCAGUUUUGAUGUCAUUACUGUGUAUCAGAAUCUAUUUUGGUUAGACUUAAUAAUACAUGUCACGCGAUGAUAUAGGUAACGUUUGACAAAGGUAGUUGAUAUCUCUGAAUUUACGUGGAACCCAGUUAUUAGAAAGAUUAUAUAUAUAUAGACCUAUAUAUAUAUAUAUAUAUACACACAUAUGCUGCAGGGUUUAAAAGCACAGAUGAGUUUCUGAAUCUAGAAAAGCAAGGUUUUCAAGAGUACAGUUAACUAGUUGCUGCUAAACAGAUUUUAACUUAAAAACAUGACCACUUUUCUAGACCACAAUACUGUCUUGCCAUCUAUGUUUUCUUUGGACUCUGUAAAUUAACAAUGCAAUAGGUACUGCCUUUUUUUAAAUUAAAAAAAAAAGGUUUACAUAUUUUUAUUUAAAGAGAAUGAAAUUUGGGGUGAUAGUUCAAAAAAUGAAUGGUGAAAAAAGGUUUAACAAAUGAUUACGUUCUUUACACAUUAGAUCCUGAGGCUGCCAUGGUACAAUAUACAGCACUGAUUUUAUAAAUGCUGAAUGAAUAAGCAAAUGGUUAACCUCAACUCUACUGGUACAAAUACUUAACAGGUACAGCAUUAUAAAUAUGCAAUCUUUUUUGUCUUAGUUUACAGCAACUAACUUAUUCAGUAUUGUGCUGGGAGAUCAUUUUCCAACUAUGUAAAACAUAUCACUACGUGGGCAACCUUCCAGCCACUCGUUUUAUGCUGCUGUAUAGUACAGAAAAAAAACCAAUGAUGGAACAAUGUUUGUCCUGUAAAUUUUAAUUUGAUAUUGGACAGUUAUUUGUCUGUACAAACUAAAACAUAUAUGGUUGAAACUGUUCAUUAUAUUUGCUAUUUCCGCUUCACUGAUCUGUUUAAAAGUUUGAGCUGAUUGAUCCGGCUGUGUCUUCCAUUGUAAAUAUUGGUACAUUGUUUUUCAUGGUAAAACGCAGCACAUUUGCAGUUUUGGGAGACUGGCUUGAAGCUCUGUAUAGUGUUUAUAUUUAUCUGAAUUGGCUUUCCAUAGAGCUACUUGCAGUAAAUGUGUUCAUGGUAA